CCGCGACGUCCGCCGCGACUGUUGGCGCUCGACCUGUCGGCCAAUCGAAUCCACUGUCUGGCGCCGGCCGGCUUUGCUCGACUGCCGCGGCUUCGUCGACUCGACCUCGCCGACAAUCUGCUCACUCGCCUCGACGCCGACACCUUCCGCGGCCUCGUCCGUCUGCGCCGACUCAAUCUGGCCGGCAACCCGUUGCGAGUGCUCGCCACCGACGCCUUUCGCGGCUUGCCCGUCCCCUCGCCGUCGCCGUCGCCGUCACCAUCGCCGUUACCCUCGCCGUCGCCGUCGCCGUCGCGUAACAACAGCCGCAACACGGCGACGGCCAACGCAAGAACAAAAGUGAGGACGAGGGCCAAGGUGAGGGCGAAGGUGAGGGCAAAAGCGAGGGCAAGGGCGAGGGCGAGGGCGAGGGCGAGUGUGGGGUUGCGAGUGUUGCGCAUCGACACGCUGUUGGACGAGGCGGCCAGACAGACGAGGCACGAGUGGGCCAGCGCCAGCGCGCUCGGUCGCCUCUCGACGCGCACUCGCAUCGACGGGCUCGCCGUCGCCUUCGGCGUCACCAGCGGCGGCGGUUUCGGCUUCGGAUUGGCUGGCGCUGGGCCCGACCAGUUGGCCGACGCCGACGCCGACGCCGACGGCGAGAAUGACGAGGCGCCCGAGGGGGUGGAGGAGUACGCAGAAGAGCAAAUCGAGUGGGACGAGGCGGAAGAGGAGCGAGAUGAGAGUGAAGUGAUGGACGAAGAAGAGGAAGAGGAGGAAGAGGAGGAGGAGGAGGAGGGCGAGACGAUUGGUCAGUCGCUGGGAGAGGUCGACGUUGUACGUGGCGUCGACGCAAAGUCGGCCUGUCCGACGGCCGGAGUGCCGGGCGUCGACUUUGAGUGGCACCGGCCGGCACCGGCCGGGGACCAAUCGGAGCCGGCCAACACGAGCACAAAACGGCGAGAGUCGACGCGGCCAGCCAACGUCGACGCUGUCGACUCGGCCAGUGUGCGUGUGCGAGGUGGCGAGGAGCGGUUGGCCGUACGGCAUGUGCUCAUCUUCAGCUUGGCCGGGCCGUGUCUGGCCGUCGUGGCGACGUUGCUCGGCCUGCUCGCCGUCUACCGAAUCUGCUGGCUGCGGCGAGGUCGACGUCGACGUCGACGCCAGCAGCAAGUCUGCUGCAAGCAGUCUGUCGACUGUCUGCCCGGACACACGACCAACGGCUACGGCUACGGCUACAGCAACGGCAACGGCUACGGCAACGGCAACUGCUGUCUGUCGGGCCAAUCAACGCUCGGCGUCGCCUCCGCCGAGACCGUCGUCGUCGUCGGCGGCGGCGGCGGCGGUGGCGGAAACAGUUCCGCCGGCGUCUCGUUGCUCUACGACACGCAUCAGCUCAACCAGUUUGUUGGUACCGACGCGAUCACCAGUCCGUUCCGUCGGACCGGACUGUGUCCGCACCAACUGGCGCCCAACAACAAUCCGGCCAGCAACAGCAGCUGCGGCAGCGCAGCCGCAGCCGCAGCCGGUCCGUUUGAGACGUCCGGUCUGUCGUCGCCAAUCGUCUGCCCGCUCGUCGGGCCGUCGGGCGGCUGUCUGGUCGGCCUGGCCGGCGUCUGUCUUCACGACGCGUCGCGACACCAUUCACACCCUUCACACCCUUCACACCCUUCACACCCUUCACACCCUUCACACCUUUCACACCCUUCACACGCUGCACACUUGCAACACAUGCAGUUGCACCAGUCGCCGCGAACAGCUGGCGUCGGCGACGUUGCCGCGGCCAGCAACAGCAGCCGCAGCAACCAGAGUGGCGGCGGCGGCGGCGGCGGCGGCGGCGCCAAGUCCGGUAGCAGAAGCGGCAGCGGAAGUGGGGCUGGGGGUGGAGAGGUUAGCAACGGCAGCCAAAUCCUCUGUUUGGCGCCGCCGCCGUAUCCGCAACACACGCGGUCGCAGAACAAACUGCUCCUCAACUUCGGCAGCGCCGCCAGCUCUUCCAGCCCCAGUGGUACCAUGCUCAGCAGCAGCAACCACACGACAACCACAACUAAUAACAACCACAACAACCACAACAACCACAACAACCACAACAACGGAUUCGGUCUGGUCGACUCGGCUUGCCAAGACUUGCUCGACUAUUUGGCCGAGGCCAAUUGUCCACAGCCUCGCAGGCCGACGCACGACAGCCCCAUCCUUCCACACCCACUUCGAUUGGUCGAGCCGCCGACGGCGACGGCGACGGCGACGGCGGCGGAAUCGGUUGCGCCAAUCAACGCUCGGGCAAAUCCUCCUUCCACAACCGAUGCAACUCAAACAGCCUCAACAACAACCACCACAAGCACAAUCACAAGCACAAUCACAAGCACCAGCACAAGCACCAGCACAGCAACACGGCCUCGAGGCGGCCGGCAACCGGAGCACCGAAGUCUCGCCCGUCCUCACAACACUGGGCAUCUUCUGACCUCCAUCUCGUCGCCUGAUUGGCCCAACUUGUCACUGCACAAUGAGCUUUCACACUACACCUCGGCCAACGGGGCAUGUGAAAUGCGCCAGCUAGCCCUUUUCUCACUUACUCCGCUCCGAUACGAUCCGAUCCGAUCCGAUCCGAUCAGAUCCGAUCCGCUCCCCACCUCCAACCUCGGCCCCGGGUCUUCUCUGAUGGCAGAAGCUGGCCACAGACAAUCCUCGUGCCUGCAUCCCCCCCCCCAUUCAGCGUCUGACUGGCGCUCAGGUCAACCCUGCGAUUUGCGCCACAAUUGGCCGAUUAAAGCUUCAAGUAGUCAGCUUCGUCGCGAUGCCCGUCAGCCGGGCUCGAUUGGCGUCGGGGAGGCUGACGAGUGGAGUGGGAAUGGUCAUCUGGUUUUGUGGGCAAAUAGGUCGUGGAAUGAGCAGAUGCUGGCCGAAAUAGAAUCUGGUCAGCGAAGCGAUUGGCUGUUGUAUCCUUCCCCAUUCCCGUUUCGUCGUCCGAUGCUGGGGUUUGGUGAUUCUGACUGUCUCCACCACCGGCACACACUUUUAGGUGUGACGCCAGAAGCAUCCGGUUGCCAGGUUGAAACACACUGA